AUAAAUUAUCAUAGCUAAAACUGCUUGCUCUCCAAUCCCAUGUUCCUCUUUCUCACACCAUUUCUUGGCAUGACUUUGGUUCAUUGUUCAAUGCUCACCCUUCAAAAUCUCAGUAAUCUAUGGAACCAACCCAAACUCAAUUCUGAAACAUUAGUUAUAUGCUCAACUUUUUUACUGACUAUAAUCAUUCUAUAUUUUAUGAGAAAGCCAAGAAAAGUCUACUUAGUUGAUUUUGCUUGUUACAAGCCAGAGCCAUCUUACAAGUGCUCCAAAGAGCAUUGCCUGAAGAUAGCUGAAAGUAUGAGAGUGUUCACAAAGGAAAGUUUAGAGUUUGCAAAGAAAAUUCUAGAGAGAUCUGGGAUUGGUCAAGACGCAUACGGAUCUAAUGGAAUAUUGCAAAACCCUCAAGACUUUUCCAUGGCCGAGGCAAGAAGGGAGUCAGAAAUGGUGAUUUUUGGAGCAAUUGAUGAGCUGCUGGCUAAAACUGGGGUGAAGCUUGUAGAUAUAGGAAUACUCGUAGUGAAUUGCAGUCUGUUCAAUCCUCAGCCGUCUCUCUCGGCCAUGAUUAUCAAUCGCUACAAGUUAAGAGCGAAUAUUUUGAGCUUUAAUCUUGCUGGUAUGGGAUGCAGUGCUGGACUUAUUUCUAUACAGCUCGCCAAAGAUCUUUUACAGGUCCAUGGAGACUCUUAUGCCCUAGUGGUUACCACAGAAAAUGUCACUAGUAGUUGGUAUGCCGGCAAUGAACGCUCAAUGCUUGUCACAAACUCCCUAUUUCGCGUUGGAGGAGCUGCAAUUCUUCUAUCCAACCUAACAUCUGAUCGUCGACAUUCUAAAUAUCAGCUCAUGUAUAGUAUACGAACUCACAACGGUGCUGAUGAUAAGUCCUACAAUAGUAUAAUGCAACAAGAAGAUGAGAACAACAUAUUGGGAGUCUCAUUGUCAAAAGAACUCAUAAGGGUUGCUGGAGAUACCCUUAAGGCAAACAUCACCGCACUUGGACCAUUAGUUCUUCCAUUGUCUGAGCAGCUGAUAUUUCUUGCAAAUUUAAUAAUGAAAAGGAUUUUCAAAAUGAAGAUAAAAUCAUAUAUUCCAGAUUUCAAGUUGGCAAUUGAACACUUCUGCAUACAUCCUGGAGGAAGAGCUGUUUUAGAUGAGGUAGAAAAAAGCCUUGGUCUCAGUGAAUGGCACAUGGAGCCUUCAAGAAUGACUCUCUUUAGGUUUGCAAACACUUCAAGUAGUUCAUUGUGGUAUGAAUUGGCUUACACAGAGGCUAAGGGAAGGAUCAAGAAGGGUGAUAAGGUGUUGCAAUUAGGUUUUGGUGCAGGGUUCAAGUGCAACAGCGUUGUGUGGCAUGCUAUAAGGUCUAUCAAUCCAGCCAAUGAGAAGAACCCUUGGAUUGAUGAAAUUAAUGAUUUUCCUGUUUUCGUACCUAAAGUUACACCUGUAAUAUAUUAAAUCUUUCUUUCUCUUGUUUUUGGGCUAAACUUUUCAUUUUAGAAAUUCCAGUGUUCUUGUAAUAGUAUUAUAACUUAUAAUAAUAUUAAUGGGCUUUCUACCGUAAAGGUUU